AUGGCAUCCAAGAUCAAAUUCAGUUCGCAGGACGCCAGUCAAAGCUGGGCAGAGUUUAGCGUAACGGUAGACCCUCUAGAGCCUUGUGAGGGUGACAACAUGUGCUGGCACCCUCUUUUCAAAAACAUCGUUCUUGCUGUUGGAUUUGCUAUCUCUGAAAGAGUCCAAGGCGUGAGUCUUGAGCUUCCGACUUCGCUAAUGAUGACCCUUGCUGGAACCAUCAUGGCUGUAAAGUUCCAGGAUGGCUUUAUUCUCAGAGGCCUGUCAACAGCGGUGAUACCCACCAGAAAAUGCGAGGCUGAAGAAGCCAUCCAGUGGCAUCUUUUCGUGGCUGAUUCUGCUGAUGGGUCUACCGACUUCGAGGAUCCGAAACUUGGGGCUUACGAUAUCGGUUAUAUCAAGAAGGACACGAAAAUGCUAAUGGCCACAAAAAAAGCAUAUCUUGGUUGGUGCCACAAAGCAGAGGUAUUGCUUGGCACAGAAAAAUACGACUAUGAUGGUGUUGAUUGGUCCCAUGAGUCUCACAGAUCGCCCUUGUUAGAAUCUACAGGAGGUUCGCUCGGCAUUUCCAUUGGAGCUAGGGGAAUAAUGCAAGUCUCUGGUGCUAUUAAUGUCGAAAUUGCAAGGAAUCAGCAGACGACUUAUGUCAAUACCCCCCAGGAUUUAGAUAAUCGCUUGAAAUUAUCUAUUGAGAGGCCUUGCCUACUAUACGAUACUUCGAAUCAGCGCGCUUGGCUUGUCCCUGUCACAUGUUUGCUGUUGCUUAUGAUGCAUUUGAGACGGCGUGAGUUGACAAAGGAGAAUUCUGAGCCUUCAAGCCGCCUAGACAUACCGUUUUCCAAGAUAGUGGGGGAGGCGGGCUACGAAGCUUACAAGGUAUUGUCUGAAUACUCACGGUCACAGGAGACAACGGCUCUAGGUUCGUCAGCUAAAUGGACAGAGUUACUGAGUCAAUUUUACAUUACUAUUGAUGAAGCUCAGAAAGCCUUCAACGCUCAAAAAGACAAAGCUUCUCGACAAAAAACCCCACAUAUAUGGGGAUAUGAUCUACUGGAUAUUGAUCCUGGAGAAUCACCGUAUUCGAGGAGGAUUAAAAAGCAGUCAGGUGGAUGGACACAGAUUGCGCAGAAGAUCGGCUAUGUAUUAUUCUGCUCCGGCCUUGGAGAGGCAUUGAAGCCUGACGACGAUGAAAACAAACUUUGCCAGCAGUGCUUAACAGUUCCUUCGCGAUCUGAUCAUCUUUGCGCCUACGUUCCUUGCCUUGCUUAUUUUCUUAAACGGCAGGGUAAACAUAGGGAAACUCAACUACUUGGCGACCCGGGGUAG